CGACUCUACAAAGCUACAGCCAGAUCUGGGCAGUAAGUACACGGCCUGGUCUUCAGUGAGCACUCUGAUCCAGAAGAACCUGAUGAUGAAGACCCACAACCCUGCAAGGUAUUCUCUGACAGAAGAGGGUCUGGCUUUAGGGGAGCGCCUCGAGUCUUUAGAGGGAACUAAAGGUCCAGAAGGAGACAGAGAGGAGGCCAGGAGUGAAGGAAACGAGCAGGAGGAGGGAGAAGAAGGUGGCCCGGGGAUUGUGGACCUCACUGUUAGUGAUGAUGACGAAGAGGAGAAGGAAGAGGAGAGAAUACAACCUGCAGAGAGGCCGACCUCCUCUGCUUCCCAGCCGAGGGUUCUCGUUCCUGGGAUGUUCUUUUCAGGGAAACCCCAAAAUGUACCGAGCAGAAACCCAAAUUCCUGGAGUCUCCUUCCCGGCUCCUACGAGAUCAUCCUCUGUGUGGACUUCAUUGAGACAACGGGCGGAAGCAAAAACUGCAAGCUGGAUCUGGUCAAAGAGCUGCAGAGGAACGGAGUGACGUUCGAUGUGAGGAAGCUCAACGUGGGAGAUUUCCUGUGGGUCGCUCGGGAAAAGGUCGCGCCUAUUCCAGGACACGGGAAUGGUCGGAUAAAAGUGGCUCCACCUUCCGCUACUGGAAAACAGGACAGCCUGAUAAUGAUGGGCGAAGUCCGAACUGUAUUGCAACUGAUCUGGGCAACAAUGGCCUGUGGUCCGAUGAACUCUGCAGCAGAAGGCUCCCUUUUUUCUGCUAUGAACUACAUGAUGAAACUCCAGUACAAAUAUCAUCUCAUCUGAGCUUCCUUCAACCAAAGAAGUGGUUCAAACAAAAACCGUAUCCAUCAAGUCAAAUAACCACCAUGAAGGUACACUCAACCAGUACAGAGAGAACUUCUCCUGAGCAGCUUUCAACUCUGGGGCAAACAACAUCCCUUCCUGACCGAACCCCUCUUUCCACCAGCCAAACAGUGACUACAAAUAUAAGAACCACAACUAUGCAAUCCACCACAGAUCUAGUCACUAC